UUUACAGGUAUUUCAGAAGCGCUUUGAUAACAGUGUGGCCUUCAACAGAGACUUUGCCAGCUACGAAGAUGGUUUCGGGGACAUGGACGGAGAAUUUUGGCUUGGUCUUCGUAACAUCCAUGAGCUGAUGGCGGGUAAGACGCAUACUCUGAGGUUGAAGAUGAAGAGCGGCGGCAGCUCUUACUCGAAGCUAUACUCCACGUUUGGUGUCGGCGCCGGGCCUGACUAUAAACUCAGUACUGGACGAAACGGGGAAGCGAAUGGACUAUGGGUGAAUGAUGGGUCCGCCUUCUCCACCAAAGAUCAUGGCCCAAAAAAAAACUGUCCUUCAACUCGCGGGGGUGGUUGGUGGUUCAGUGGUUCCAACUGUGGCUACACAAAUCUGAAUGGACAAGCCAGACAGGCCAACUACCUGGGGAUGUACUGGUAUCCGAUAAGAAACAGUCACUACCUGACAGAGACUGAGAUGGCAUUCAGAGCUGCCUAACUCUUUCAGCACGCAAAGGAUUCCACAAUGUUACGCACCAAAGUACGAAGGGUGUUACCUUAAAACAGCUAUAAUUCAGUCAAAUAUUGAUGGAUUUGUUUGUGUGUGUUUUCAAACUUUACGUAAUUAGACAGAGAAGCCCAAUAUGGGUGAAAAUAGGUAGUAGAUGUAACACCGGACCAGGUGCAGAUCUAGGGUUUACGAAAUCGGUACCCCCAAAUGGUCACUUAAGUGGUGUUCCGGAACCAAAGAGCUAUGGCUCUACCUAGGCCUUCUUGGGUAAUCCGAGAGAGGCUGGCUAGUCCUCCUACAGGCCAUACUCUUGUUUCUUUUAGUACAGGUUUUACGGCGCUCGCAACUGCAUGGUCAUAUGAGCGCCAGAAGAUUAGAGGUGUUACAAGAGAGUAACAAACACA